AGGCAGGGUUUUGUUAGAUUGGGAAAGUCGGCUAAGGAUUGCGAUGGGGACAGCAAGAGGCAUUGCUCAUAUCCAUGCUCAAAACGGAGGGAAACUAAUCCACGGUAACAUUAAGUCCUCAAAUAUCUUCCUCAACUCCCAGGGAUAUGGUUGUAUAUCGGACACCGGCCUCGCCACAUUAAUUAGCCCAAUACCACCAGCAGCACUAAGGGCAGCAGGAUACCGUGCACCAGAAGUAACCGACACGCGGAAGGCGACGGUUGCAGCUGAUGUCUACAGUUUCGGAGUCCUCCUUCUAGAGCUCCUAACAAGAAGGUCUCCAAUGCACGCCACUGGAGGAGAGGAAGUAGUCCACUUAGUUAGGUGGGUGAACUCUGUUGUUAGAGAGGAGUGGACUGCAGAAGUCUUUGAUGUGGAAUUACUAAAGUACCCUAACAUAGAGGAGGAAAUGGUUGAGAUGCUACAAUUGGGAUUGGCAUGUGUUGCUAGGGUUCCAGAUAAGAGACCAACAAUGGUGGAAGUGGUGAAAGUGGUGGAGGAAAUUCGAUUACAUAGUGGGAAUAGACCGUCCUCGGAAUCUAGAUCAGAGGGUUCUUCUACACCAAAUAGAGGACAUGCUUCCACAUCAAUUAUUACAGAGUGAGAUUCUUCGGUGUAAUUUUUCAUUGAUUUAAAAUUUUGUUGUCGUUACUGGUUAGCACGGGCAAUGAUUUUGGAUAUAUAUUAUUGGUUGCGAAGUUGGUAAGCUACUAGAGUUAGGAAUGCCAAGUCAAGUUGGGUCCCCCAAUUUGGUAAUUUACUAUUUUGUAGUGGUUCAUUUGGUUGUCUUCUAGUUUAGCAGUCCGAGGAGUGAGAAAUAGCGAAUUUCUUUCUCGCUUCCUCGGCGGAAUUGACGGGCGGGUAUAACUCUAUAAACUCCAAAUGUUAUAAAAUUUAGUUUAGUUUAAACUCCAAACUUGCUCCACAUUUUUUAAUGUAGAAUUGGAAUUAGAGUAUGUUUGGUUUGUAGUUUUAAUUUUUUCUGAACAUUUUUGUGAAUAAAAAUUGAUAAAAAUAAAAUGUGAUUUUUUAGUAA